AUAAAAGCAAAUGAAACUCGAAACCUACAUGCCGCUCUGACGACUCAGUAGGUGCAGAAACUGUAGACGAGCAUCAAACUUGUUGUCGAAGGUGUGCGUAUUCUUACCGUUGUUUUGAUCAUAAAACCGGUGAAAUGAACGACAGUGGUCAGCAAGGAGAAACCCAAGCUUUGGGCUCUUCUGAAAAAAAGGCUGCUGCUGAUAAGGAUGUCAUACGAAAAUUGAAGGCGAGACUUCUGCCUGGAGUGAAAUAUACACUCCUAAUUUGGCUGCUGAUAUACGUGGCUAUGUUUAUUGUAGGAGUUCUGAGUGUUAAAAGAUGUCCCGCCGACGAGGAUAUACCUUUAUUCUUAUGCAUGACAGGAUUUGUGGGCGUCGCUUCAAAAAUAGUAACCUAUCUUCGAGACAGGAUCAUCCCGUAUUUCAAAAUUAAAUAUAUGGAAUCUGCUCUUUACUCCACAGAAUUGAUCUUCUUCAUUCUUGGAACAUACUGGGUGUUCAAAGCCUACAAGCCGAGUUUCGACCCAGCUGAUGGCCCCAAAUAUUGUCAGAAGACUGCCUUCAUGUUCGCUUUCAUCUAUCUGGCCUCUUUCUAUGCCAUAGUGGCCAUUCUAUUGCUGCUUGGCGUAUGUUUCUGUUGCUGUAUGUUCAUGGGAAUCGGGCUUUUCAAUACUCUCAUCGACGAAGACGUGGAAGCCGAUCGGGCUCAAACAGCUCGCAUGAACGAGGAAGGAAAUGCAACAACAGGAUAGAAUUGCACAUUUAAUUUAAUUGAAUAUUUAUACGAAGUGUUAUCGUAAAAAUGUUAUGGGAAGGAAAUAUCGAUGUUUGAUAACUCUUUAUCUGUGGUGUCGAUUCAUAUUUCGUUUUAUAUUUUCACGUUUACAUAAGCUCAUUCAUUCAUUUCUGUUCGACGCUUCCUAAUUGUUAUGUUAUAUGUUAACACAAUUUUAUGAUAUGCACUGAUUUGAUCUAGAAUUGUAUGUUUCGUACCUAAAUAUGUACCCGUUUCAUUUUAUAAAUGAUAACUGGUUAUUAUCUUUUGAAAUAAGUGUUUAUUGUUUUGAGAACCCAUUGAAACAAAGCUCAACUCAAUAAAUAGAAUCCGGACGGAU